UUGUUCGCGUUUGCUGAUUUCGGAUUUACUCGCAUAUGUCUAGCCCCUCGCUUGGGGCGCGGUGGACAACUUGUUUUUUUUUGUGUUGUUGCUCCACAAGUUCGCCUGAUGACUAAUUAGUGUUGGCGCUAUCGGUCGUUCCGCUAACGCUGGGCUUGUAUUUCGCGAAAAGAAAACAGUGUAUAUUUGCCCGUGGGUGACGCAGUCGAAAGGGCAAUUAGGAGUUUUAUUCUUAUUGUUGUGUGUUGACCACUUGCGCCACGCCUGAUUGGCAAUCAACUCUAAAAAUCGUAUAGCGUUUGCGCACGUAUGUGUACGGGAGAAAGUGGUGGUGAAGGUUGUCACGCAUAACACCGUACAAUCGUCAAUCGAUCGAAAACAGGGCUACCCGUGUACGCUCGAUAGGCGAUUACCAAACAUCGUGCUAAGGAUUAUCCGCUUGCCCUGCCCUGCUCAUGUGAUGCGAGGAAGGCUGCGAGGAAUCCUAUCACACAAGAGUAGAGCCCAUCGAUACUGCGCCAACAUAGUUUGAGUCCGAAACCGCUGCUAGUACGGAAUCCGGCACCAUGGGGUCCCUGUUCCGCAGUGAGGAGAUGUCCCUCUGCCAGCUCUUCCUGCAGAGCGAGGCCGCGUACGCUUGUGUGUCGGAGCUGGGAGAGCUCGGAUUGGUUCAGUUCCGUGAUCUCAACCCCGACGUCAAUGCGUUCCAGCGCAAGUUCGUCAACGAGGUGCGGCGGUGCGAUGAGAUGGAGCGCAAACUGCGCUACCUCGAGAAGGAAAUCAAAAAAGACGGCAUCCCGAUGCUGGACACGGGCGAGAGCCCGGAAGCACCGCAGCCACGCGAGAUGAUCGACUUGGAGGCAACGUUCGAGAAGCUGGAGAACGAGCUGCGCGAGGUGAAUCAAAACGCCGAGGCACUGAAGCGCAACUAUCUCGAGCUGACGGAGCUGAAGCACAUCCUGCGUAAGACUCAGGUCUUCUUUGACGAGGCCGUUUAUACCGGAAAUGUACCUAAUAAGACAAGAAACCGCUAUCAACAGAUGGCGGAUUCUCACAGGGAAGAGGAACAGGUUAACCUUCUUGGUGAGGAGGGCAUUCGAGCUGGUGGUGCCGGGGCACAGGGACAAAAUCUAAAACUAGGCUUUGUUGCUGGUGUGAUCCUGCGUGAACGUUUGCCGGCGUUCGAGCGUAUGUUGUGGCGUGCCUGCCGUGGCAAUGUGUUCCUUCGUCAAGCGAUGAUCGAGGAUCCGCUGGAGGACCCAUCGAACGGCGACAAGGUGUACAAGUCGGUGUUCAUCAUCUUCUUCCAAGGCGACCAGCUGAAGACGCGCGUGAAGAAGAUCUGCGAAGGGUUCCGGGCGACGCUCUACCCCUGCCCGGAGGCCCCGACCGAUCGGCGCGAGAUGGCGAUGGGCGUGAUGACGCGCAUCGAGGAUCUGCACACGGUGCUCGGCCAGACGCAGGACCAUCGGCACCGGGUGCUGGUGGCGGCCGCCAAGAACUUGAAGAAUUGGUUCGUGAAGGUGCGCAAGAUCAAAGCGAUCUACCACACGCUGAACCUGUUCAAUCUGGACGUGACGCAGAAGUGUUUGAUCGCGGAGUGCUGGGUGCCGCUGCUGGACUUCGAGACGAUUCAGAUCGCGCUGCGUCGCGGUACGGAGCGGUCCGGAUCGUCCGUACCACCGAUCCUGAACCGGAUGGAAACGUUCGAGGAUCCGCCGACGUACAACCGGACGAACAAAUUUACGCACGCGUUCCAGGCGCUGAUCAAUGCGUACGGUGUCGCGAGCUAUCGCGAAAUGAACCCGGCCCCGUACACGAUCAUUACCUUCCCGUUCCUGUUCGCGGUCAUGUUCGGCGAUCUUGGGCACGGUACGAUCAUGGCCCUGUUCGGGCUGUGGAUGGUGCUGAAGGAGAAGCCGCUGGCGGCGAAGAAAUCGGACAACGAAAUCUGGAACAUCUUCUUCGGUGGCCGGUACAUUAUCUUCCUGAUGGGCGUGUUUUCGAUGUACACGGGCUUCGUGUACAAUGACAUCUUCUCGAAAUCGCUGAACGUGUUCGGAUCGGCCUGGAGCACCAACUACAACACCUCGACCGUGAUGUCCAACAAGGCACUGCAGCUGGAUCCGAAGGGCAUGGAUUACGCCCAAACGCCGUACCCGUUCGGGCUCGAUCCGGUCUGGCAGGUGGCACCGCUGAACAAGAUCAUCUUCCAGAACGCUUACAAGAUGAAGAUAUCGAUCAUCUUCGGCGUAAUUCACAUGCUGUUCGGUGUGUUUGUUGGACUGUUCAACCAUCGCUACUUCAAGAACAAGAUGGCCAUCUACUGCGAGUUCAUUCCGCAGGUGAUCUUUCUAGUGUUUCUGUUCUUCUACAUGACGCUGCUGAUGUUCAUCAAGUGGGUAAAAUACUCGGCAAGUGCCACGGACGUUGCCUACUCGGAGGGCUGUGCCCCCUCCAUCCUGAUCACCUUCAUCAACAUGGUACUGUUCAAGGCGCCGGAUGAAAACACUGGCGACUGCUCGCCGUACAUGUUCGCCGGACAGUCGGGCUUGCAAAAGUUCCUGGUCGUCGUGGCGCUUCUCUGCGUACCGUGGAUGCUGCUCGCUAAGCCCAUCCUGAUCAUGCGUGGACGCAAGGAAGCUGCCCACCAACCAAUUGCUCCGUACAGCAAUGAAAACGGCGAUGCUGACGGUUUGAACCAGCACAACAAUGGAGCGGGCACGCAAGCAGGACAGCAACCGGCACAGCAGCAGGGUGGAGGCCACGGCCAUGACAAUGAAGAAAUGUCCGAAAUCUUCAUCCACCAGGGUAUUCAUACGAUUGAGUAUGUGCUGGGUUCCGUGUCGCAUACCGCUUCGUACCUCCGCCUGUGGGCUUUGUCGUUGGCUCAUGCUCAGCUCGCUGAAGUGCUGUGGAACAUGGUUCUGCAGAACGGACUGAAGCAGGACGGUUGGAUCGGUGGCAUUGCUUUGUGGGCAGUGUUCGCGUUCUGGGCCGUGCUGACCGUUGGAAUCCUGGUACUGAUGGAAGGCCUUUCCGCAUUCCUUCACACGCUCCGUCUGCACUGGGUGGAGUUCCAGAGUAAGUUCUACGCUGGUCUCGGUUACGCCUUCCAGCCGUUCUCGUUUGAGGUCAUCCUUGAGUCGAGCUCCAGCUCCUCGGAGGACUAAGAUAGUGCACAUUGUGUGUGCCACUAAUAACCGGAACGCGAUAACACUGAACAAAUACGAAAUGAAUAUAUACUCCUACCAAAAUUGCUCUUUCUAGUGGGUUGGUGUAGGAAGCCAACCAUUCCCCAGACCCUCCAUCCCAUUCCCUCUUUCAAAUGCCAAUAAUCGACCCGAUAGCAAAACACAGGGCACAUAUGCAUAUGCAUGCAGCGAUUAACACUAACCGCAGCGCACACGCAGGCACACAUACCUAUAUCUAACUCGAAAUAUAAAUUAUACGCAAUCAACGUGGAGCAUUUCCCUGCAAAAUUAAACUAUGACAUUUUACGAAUUUAUCGUUGCUGAAGCGAAAGUGUGUGAGCGUCGACUUGCUUGCGCUGUAGUUGUUGUUCUAUGUUGUAGCGCCGCUCUUUAGCAAACCACUUUGCAAAAUAUCUUACAAAAGUUGGACAGUCUCAUCAAGACACCGACGAAUCAUUACACCCUUCCCUUACAAAGGUUGCAUUCGGGAUGCUCUUGGGCCACGCAAUACAGACAACAAGCCAUCCCUUUGGUAUGAUGCCUUGAGGCUCUCCGAAUGCCAACUCUUAUCAAAUAUUGGAAUAAAUGUUACUUCAUGUUCAUUAGUAUCAGCAAAAUAA